AAAAUGGCGGCAGACCAUGUCACGAUUCAGGGAGGAGGUGGUCGGUACCCUAAGCUGAGACCCUGCUGGUUAGCCGACUGUAAUAUUUGUGAGUUUCGCCGGAACAUUCCGAAAGAUGCAGUGGUGGUCUACCGGUAAUGGGUGACAACGAAAAGGGAAAUGUGAUUCUCCACGCGCAAAUAAAUUAUUUUAUAUCCAUUGUAAAUAUGUCUCCGCAUUUGAAAUGGAAAACUACUGAGACGUACAUUUCAUGUCUGCACUACCGAAACAAUUUUAUGAGAAAUAAAUAAUGUGGACUGCUUAACAGAGAAAUUUGAUAGUGCUUUCAGUGACGGAAAACAUGCAUUAGGCAUUGUCAUACAAAAAAUGUACUAUUAAUGCUGAUAUUCACAGCUUGUCUCUAAAUUAAUUGUUAUUUUCUGAGGGACUGCAGUUGAAGCUUAAAACUGUCACCGUUUCGUCAAUUAUGACUUCCCUCCGUCAUACCAUACUUAAAAGUAUUAUUGUGUAAACUAUUUAUAUGAUAUUAAUUUUAAAUCGAAUUGGGUUAAAUCCAGUUCCAGCAGUGGGAAAAGUCCCGCUUGUCAAAUUGGCGCAACCACAUCCAGUGGUGCCCCCUGUGAGAUGCGAAGGAUAUCACCGCAGAACAAAGGUGAAAAGUAUAGCUCUCCUCGGGUAAAUCUGCGCUUACACCAGAUAAAAGCAAGGGAUGAAAAACGAUCAAUUAAGGUUGCAGCAGCUGGUGAUGUAGCAUCUAGUAAUAACAAGUGGGUUGAGGUUGGUGACAGCAUGGAGGGCAAGGCAGCAGGUGGUGAAGAUGUGUAUGAGUUUAAGAGUGGCAAAGAGACUUCAUCUGUGCGAGGAACUAGUGCAUCACCUGAUGCUGAAAAGAAGGAAGGUCAUGUGAUUACAUCAGAUGGCAAGGAACCUUGUACUAGUCCAGGUAGGCAAGAAAGCCCCACAGACCAGAGCAGCAAAAGAAGUUUUUCAGAAGCAAACCUUACUGGAGAAGAUGCAGAUGAAGAAAGUAAACGCAAAAAACGAAAGGAUUCAGAUAGUGGGAAAGAAAAUUCAAGGAAUGGAAGUGGUGUUUCAGGCAGAUUUGGAGGUGGUAGGAAUGGAAGCUCGACUGAAAAGUGUUCAAAGGUGACUUGUAAUCCAAAGAAUGGUAGCAGCUCUGCUACUAAAACUGUCCAUGGGUCAGGAAAUGGCAAUUCAGAUCGUAGGAGUCCAAGCAGUACUGGAGGAUCAGCUGGUAGUAGUCCAAAAUUAGCAAAUGCUUCUGCAUCAUGUGGUGGGAAUAGCAGUAAAUCUGUGCCUGGACUGGCACCUGAAAGUGAUGGUGAAACUGAUGAUGGGAGAGGAGGAAAGUGCAGUGGCAGUGGUAAUCCAGAGCCAGUAGGGUCAUUAACAAGCCCUAGCCCCACUUGGACUGCAGGGCCAAAGGUUCCACCACUGAAGAUUGUAAUUCCGCAACAGAGCGCUUCUAUGGAGCAAGAACAAGGAAAUCGUAAUGGAAAAAAUGGCACAACUCGGCAUCAUCAGGCACUGCCAUAUGUUGUUCCUUCAUCUAAUAGUGCAGAUUCUGUUCCUGAUAAAGAGGCAUCAGGUACAGCAGGUUCUGCUUCAACUUCUGUUAGUGGACAAAGUCCAUCAGAACUGGGAAGUAACAAUAAUUCAGUGAAAAAUGAUGAAAAGAAGGAUUCAGUUUCUGGACCCCUAUUAUCUGAAGACCAGCGUUCCACUCAUCACCAGAGGGUAUUGCGCAGCUCUCAUCGAUCAGGGGGUGGCACAUCAAGUUCAUCUUGCAGUACUGGAUCAGUGACUGCUGUUUCAUCAUCAAAUACCAUCUCCACAUCUUCAAUCACAGUUUCUGGCACACCAGCUCCUUCUCCUGCUGCCCCAGGAUUGAACAGCAGCAGUACAGUUGACAGGGGAUCCAACAAUUCAUCACCAAAUCAGAGCAACAGUCAGCGACAGUCUCCAUCCCCAGCAGAACCUGUCGUUCCCAUCACAAGUUCAGAAGUAACCACUACUACAAGCAUCACUAAAUCUGUCCCCUCUGCAAUUGCACCUACAACAUCUGCUCCUGAAGAGAAAAUUACAGAAUCUUCUGAGCAGCAAAGCCAGUCAGCUCAGUCUACACCUCCACAACCUCCACCUGUUGAUUUGCACCCCAGAAAAAGAAAAAUGAAACAGAGUAAAGAAAGUCAGGCAGCAACAGCUUCAACUUCUACAUCAGAGCCUUCAGAUUCCACAAGUACAACAACAGAAGUACACCCUCAUGACCAGCCAAUUAUGAACUGCUACCAGUUGUUUCUUAACAUCAGAAAGCAGAUUGAGAGACGUCGGAAGGGACUAUUUCCAGUUCAACCAAAACCUCCGCAAGGUUUUAAGGAUUACCUUAUGAACCGAUGUACAUAUGUUCUUGCUGGAAAUGCGUCAUCAAGAAUGUCAGUUCCAAUUGUGUCUCCUCCACAAAAUCUCCAAGGCGCUAUGAAAGACUUGUUCAUCGAACAGGAAAAGGAACGAUACAGGUUAAGGAUGCAGCAUGUAAUUGAAAAGGAGAAACUUGUGCUGUCAGUUGAACAGGAGAUUCUUCGAGUUCAUGGCCGGGCUGCAAGAGCUCUAGCGAACCAGUCACUCCCAUUCUCUGUGUGCACAAUAUUAAAGGAUGAGGAAGUAUACAAUGUGAUAACACCAGAGCAGGAAGAGAAGGAUCGUAACGCUCGGUCACGUUACAAUGGCCGUCUAUUCUUGAGUUGGCUGCAGGAUGUUGAUGAUAAAUGGGAAAAAAUCAAGGAAUCAAUGUUACUUCGCCACCACAAUGAAGCAGAAUCUCUUCAUGCUGUACAGAGAAUGGAUUGGGAAUGGAAAAUGAAAGAACUUGGAAUAUGCGAGUUUAAAGCCAAGCCUGUAAUUGAAGAUCUUCAUGUCCCCAUGGUUCACGUUAGUGACGACUUUGACCUGCUCCCAGCUUGAAAGGCCUUGAUGAUAAAGAACAUUUAUCUUGUAUUUUGAUCAAGUUACUGUUUGUAGAGUGAUCUCAUGUUAAAGGCUUGAGUGUGUGCACUUAAUCUUAUGAGCGAUAAUACAGAGUGAUCGAAAAGUCAUGCAACACAUACUGUCGAUUUACUUCCUGUAAACUAAAAAGUACAAAGUAUUUAUAUAAUGUAAUGGAUGUGGGUACAUUCAAACAUUGGAUAUGUUGUGUGCAUGCCUUAGAGCCAUCUACCAACCAUGUCACUUUUCAUUAAACUCUUCAGAAUCAAGGGUGACGUACUUGCAAGAGCAAUGCAUGUUCACUAUUUAAUGUUACUAUCAAUAUUGAUCUUACUGACUGCCAGAAAGCAUAUAGUUGAAUGUUUUCAGAUUUAUCUUUAUCAUAUGGAUUUUUUUGUGUGUGUGCCUUAAAUACUGUUAGAUCUUAUACAUAAUGCCCAAGCUUACAUCUUUGUGAAAUCCACACGUUUUCUUUAGUGAAUCUGGACAUGCCUGUAUAACUGGAGACACAAAUAUGCAUGGUGAGACACAUACCCCACAUAGACCUAAAAGUUAGCUUUUCGUUCAUCAUAUUAGUGAGGCAGAGCGCAUUAACAGCAGAAACCUCUGGAGCAAAUUUUAAUAUGGUUUUUGAAUUUGUUUUACAGUAUUGUGGAAAAUAUUGUUCAUUUAAAAUGUGCUAAGAAGAAACAUGUUGCUAGUGGGUUGUGUGACUUUUUGAUAACUGUGUACUUCUCACAUGCUCAAAGUUUUGUGAUUAUUAGAAAUAUAAUUCUGAAUACAAAUGUAGUCAUUAGAUUGAACGUAAAAUGUAUAUAGUAAUUUCAUAUUAAGAGAGGUGCCAAGAUAGGUAGAGAUAAAAGAAACAGCUUCAUGCAAAUGGCUGUAAGCUGUGAAGGCCUAAUACUGUUCAGUUGUUGAAACUGACGUUAAUAUUUGAUGGAAGACAUUUACAAUAUAUAGUGUAAUAAAUAUUAAAAUGUAACAUAAAUUAUGUAUCUUAGGUGCCAAAACUAAUACAUGACGGGGAAACAGUAUGGUAGCAUAGCCCCUUGCACUUUCAUUUACUCAUAUUAGAAAUCGCUUUUGUACAUUAGCAAAUCUUUUCACCUUUCGGUGUGUUGCAAGACAUGCUUUGUGUUCAUGGACAGAACCCUUCAGUUCAGAGGGACAUGCUCUGCCUGCUGUAACAUAUGAAUUUCUUGAGAGCCUUCUUCAGAGGUUUAAAGGUGAUACUAAAUUAUAGAAAGACAUCUGAAAUGUGUGGAAAAUAUUCUGAAAUAAACCCAUUGUAUCUGACAUUUGAAACUUGAAUGCUGAAAUAUUUUGACCAGUUCUCUUAGAGACUGGACCGUGACUUCUUUGUUGCCACUUAAUGCAUGUAAGUCAUGUGCAGAUGACUCAUGCAUCAUGACAGUAUUAGUGGCUUUACCUGUCUGAUGGACUGUUCAGCUCUGCGAUUUAGUUUCUUCUUGCUCCAGUGCCACCGAGAUUGCAAUUCAUGAAUUAAAAAUGGUCACUCUGAUGCCCACCCUAUUUAUGUACAUGUGAAUGAGUUUAGACUUUAACUCAGUGCUUUUAACUUGGCUUCAGGUCCUUUACAACUGAAACCACCUCACUGUGCUGCAUCUGAUUUUUAUAGUGAUGAUGCAAUUUGGAUCUCAUAAAAGAAAUACCAGACAGUAUACUAAUUUUUAAUUCAGGAAUUUCAGUGGCACUGAAAGUAACAAUGAAUUCUGUAAUGAAAGUGAUAUUUUAAAGAGGGUUCAUUUUAUAUCCUCUUGGAAAAUCGUUAUAUGAUUUUAAUCUUUCCAUUAUUUGGCACCUGUCAUCUGUACUGUACUACAGCACUUAUGGCAACAAAUCAUCUGUUGGCCAAGUUCAAACCAAGUGAAAGAGGAAGACUUAAUGAAGAAAUGCUGCAAAAUAUGCUGUGAAAAAGGGUAAAAAGAUUCAAUUUACUCCUAUCCAAAUGCCAUAUAUAUCCUAGACUUUAUUUGGAACAGUGUUUUGGGCAGUUUCUUCAGUGACAACAGUGCUUUUCAUUGUGACUGCACUUUCUGAUGAAAUUUGAAGGUAAUGCUUGUUCCAGUGCAAGGUAUAAUGCAACUUCAGCACUGAAUGUAUACUUCAGUCAGACUGAUCUUUUUGUUUGACUACAGUGUGAACUUUUUAUUUGUAAUUAUGUAGCUUUCUAAAUCCAGAUAAAAUGAUAUAUGUUGACAAGCAUGUAAUAUGAAGUACCAUUUAUCAAUGUUGUCGACACACAUGCAUGUGAUAGGACAUCUCAAAUGUUCCUUUGAAGAAAAUUAUAAUAGUAUAACUACUGUCAGGUGCAUCCUAUCUUUCACAAACUCCUAAAAGGGUUAAUUAUUGGGCUGCUAUGAAUUUAAUAUGGAAAUUGCACUGCAUAGUCACUCAUUUAUUUGUACAUACAAAUUAUCUCUUUACAUAGAUCUGUUGUACAUAAUGAAAACAUGCUGCAAAAUAAAUGAUUAAAACAG